AUGAAUUUUGACAGAGAUGUUCUUGUUGUUUGUGGCUUUGUUUUUCUCAAUAUGUUGGUUACUCUUUCUAUUUGGUGUUAUGUUUAUGAAAUGAACAUCGAUUAUACUUAUUCAUUAAUGCUAGAUGUUGAUGGUUUAUCUACUACUGGAGAUAAUUUUGUCGAUGGAAUUUUGAAUGGACUUUUUAUUGCAACAAUUAUCGCUGUAAUGGGUCAUAUUUUGGGUCAGUGUAUUUUACAUCGAUUAAAGUCUUGUGUUGUUUUAUUUGUUAAAUCUACAUUUAUGAUGAUGUCUUUUAUUAUGCCUGCAACUAUUAUUUUUGAUACUUUACUGAAAUUUCUUGGCCCUGAAAAUCCUUAUAUUUAUUUAUUUACAAUUAUUGCUUCUCUUCUAUUCACUUUUACAACUGUUGCCGCUUAUUUUACCGAUUAUUUACCAACUUUUAUUCGUCAAACUCUUACCAUCUUGAAUUGUUCUUUCUUUUCUAUUCUUUAUUUACAACACAUUCCGCGUUAUACAAUUUGGUUCUUUAUGGCUGCAAUUAUUCUUUGGGGACAAAUUGAGCUUGGUUUGGGUGAUUUUUUUAUUUAUGGUUUAUUGGUUGGAAAGGCAGCAGCAGAUAUGGAUGGUUGUUUUAACUUUGCUGUUUUAUUUACAAUUAUUGGUGUUUUAUUUGGUUUAUUUUAUACUUUAACUUCUUUAUCUGAACACACAUAUUUACCAGCACUUCCAAUUCCACUUACUAUUGGUACUGUUAUGUAUUUUUUGACGUCUUUUGUUAUUGGAAAAUUUAAUGGAGAAAAUAAUAAAAAUGAAUUUUAAUUUGCUUUUUUUAUUUAUUUUUUUGAAAAUUUUAAAAAUAAAUUUUUGAGUUUUUUUUCAAAUUUUUUGACAAUCUAUGUUUUUAACAUAAAUAAUAUUUUUCACUCAUGUAGUCUUUGUUAAAACUUUUUUUCAAUCUUUAUUUUUAGCCUGCGUCAACAUUUAUUUUCAAAAUCCUUAAUACAAAAAUUAUGUCUCCUGAUAAGGCAUAUAUUUCUGGGGUAGUUGAAGGAUUUUAUGGACGUCCUUGGACAACGGAUCAACGCAAACAUUGUUUUCAUUGCUUCGCAAAUUUGGAAUGAACACUUAUUUAUAUGCCCCAAAAGACGAUUUGAAGCAUAGAGCUGAAUGGCGGAUUCUUUACACGAGCGAGGAA